AUGCAUACAUCUUUAGAAAAGCAAUUAAUAGAAAAAGAAACAAUUGUAUCAAUAAAAACAUCUGAAAUAAAUACAAUCGAAGAAUGUUAUCAACAAUAUUUAGAAGAAGCUAAAAUGAUUUUACGUCACAUAGAUUCACGUAGUGCUAAUGUAAUAAUUAAUCAAGAAUUACAAUUCUUACGUAAAAAACGUCAGGAAAAAGAUCGAAAAUUAAAAGAUCUUCAAAGUAUGAAUAAACAAUAA